UGUCAUACUGGGAGAAAAGUACAAUGGACACAGUGGUCUACAUACUUAACAACACCAAAGGUCUCACGUCCAGUAGAAUCUGUGGGAUUUUAUUUCAAGGAAGUGGGUGUUCAAAAGAAGAGCCUAGCCUUGAAUGGACUGUCGAUGUUGAUCUUGGACCCAAACCAAAUGUCAGAAGAACGGACUAUAGGAAAGCAAACGCCGCUGACGUUCUGACAAUUGUUCAACUGUCAGACAUUCACCAUGAUCCUACCUACUUACCAGGUGGGAAUGCAGUAUGUGGUAAACCAAUGUGCUGCAGAAGUAGCCAAGGUUCACCAGAAAAUCGUGAUGCAUCAGCUGGUUACUGGGGCGAUUACAGGAGCUGUGAUACACCAUGGAAUAUUUUUGAAGAUACAGUGCAGCAGAUUAAGAGAACUCAUCAGAGAAUCGAUUAUAUCUACAUGACUGGAGAUAUUGUAGACCAUGCCAUAUGGAAUACAAGUAUUGAAAAAAAUUCUGAUGUAAUAACAAAAGUUCUGAAACAACUGCAAGCAGAUUUUCCAGACACACCUGUGUUUCCAAUUCUGGGAAAUCAUGAACCAAGUCCAUUAAAUGUGUUUGCACCACAUUACAUUACUAACAAGAAAGUUUCAACAAAUUGGUUAUAUCAAAUAUCAGCAGAAAUGUGGUCUGUUUGGCUGCCAUCAGAAACGAGAGAAACUAUUUUAAAAGGAGGAUUCUACACUGUGCUGGCACAACCUGGUUUCCGAAUUAUAGCUCUUAACAACAAUGUCUGCUACCACUUCAACUGGUGGUUGAUCUAUAACCCCAGAGAUCAAGAUGAUCAGCUGAAGUGGCUAGCUGAGACAUUGCUCCAGUCUGAGAAAGCUGCAGAAAAGGUCCACAUCCUUGGGCAUAUACCUUCAGGCGAUACAGAAUGUCUCAGAACUUGGAGCAGAGAAUUCCACAAGAUCAUUGAGAGAUUUGAGAACACAGUUAUAGCUAUAUUCAAUGGUCACACUCAUAAUGAUCACUUUCAUGUCUAUUAUGCUAUUGAAGAACCAACUCAUCCUGUCAGUGUGUCAGUCAAUGGUGGAAGUGUAACACCAUUUAGUGACCUAAACUCUAAUUACAAGAUCUACACCGUGGAUUCUGCCACUUAUAAUAUACUAGACAGUGAAACUUGGAUCUUCAAUUUGACAAAAGCCAACACAAAUGCCAGUGUGAAUCCAACCUGGUUUAAAUUAUAUUCAUUCAAAGAUAUUUAUGGAGUUGAGUCCCUGACACCCACAGAAAUGGAUAAAUUGACACACAGAUUGGCUGCCAACAGAAGUCUUCUAGAAGAAUAUUCAAGAUAUUAUGUGAAAAAUGCUGAUACAGCACUUGCAAAUGGAUGUGAUUCACAGUGUCUAAAGACCAAGCUAUGUUAUACAGCAACAGCAAAGAUGGGAGAUUCUACUCAGUGUGACAGAUUAAUGCAAGAAUAUGAAGCAGCUAAUGAGCGCGGUGGUGACAGUGGCAUUAUUAAUACUGUUAGUGGCUAUUUGAAGCCACUAAUUAAUGGCUAAUAAUUUCCAUAUUUAAAAUAUUUAAAAAGUUAGAAACAAGUGAUUCUGUUGUGCUAUAUUCUAAGUUACACAUUUACUUGCUGAAUUCUACAAAUCUUUUGUUUCCACUGCAAGUGUAACAGUAGGGAAACUUUACUAAUAAAAAUAAACACAUCUGCAGUAACACAACGUAUACAGUGUUCUGAAAGUCAACAAACAUUUUUAUGGUUGAAGAACAAAGCCUUGCUUGCUGUCUGCAUUAUGCUGGUUUCUUGUUUGACUUACUUCUCAACCCUGAAGAUGGGGGACGAUCUGUUCCUCCGAAACAUUAGUUGACUUCCAAUGGAAUACACAACUCUUUCUCCAAUUUUAUUUUUUUUAAGUUUCAUAAAAGUGUAGUAUUGAGCAAGGAUAACUCAGUCGGUAUAGCAACUAGCUACAGGCUAGAAGGUAGGUUCGAUUCUUGACAGGGGCAAGAGAAUUUUCUUCGCUCGACAGCGUCCAGAUCAGCUCUGAGACCUACCCAGCCACCCAUAAAAUGGAUGCUGCUGGCUCUUCCCCAGGGUUAAAGCAGCCAGAUCCUGAAACUGACAACCAUCUAGUGCCAAGGACAAAAAUGGUGAAUCCAUACCUUCACUCCCCAAAUGAUUUCAUGGCACAGUGGUUACUAAAUUAAGCAGCGUUAUAUCUUUACCUUUCCCAUAGAAGUGCAGGUUAUGGAACCAAUUGACCUCUAGGCAGUGUUCAAAAUUAAUACACAAAAUUACUGAAUUACUGUAACUACCGAAAUCAUAUCAUCAAAAUUGCUUCAAUGUAUUUAUCAUCUAGAUAUCUGUCACAUUAAAAUGGACUUAUUCUGAGGAUACUCUGUAUUACAAUUUUGAUAAAAUCC